AUGUCAUUACACUUCUCCUUUAACUUCACUCUUCUGCAGGCAGAACUGGGGAAGCCCCAGAGAAACUGCUACACCCUGCCAGGCUUGGAUUUUUCCUACGGGCUGUACAUCCACAGGACAGAUGGAGGAGUCCCUGAAGCAAUAGGCCACUGGAACACAGUAAAGCCCCGGACUGCGUUAGUUCAGAAGAUGCCCCGAGACUUCAUCACCAUGAAUCGCGGUGCUCUGAAGGCCGGUUAUACCACAGCCCCUGAAUUUCGUUUGUACUACAAGGCCAAGGACAUUCGUUGCAAAGAUGAACGCAGCUGCUUCAAGAGAUGUCCUCCUAAAGUACCUGCAGACUUCACUUACGGCAUCAGAACACGGUCUUGCACUCCCUUUUUUGACCUCCUCCAACACAAAUACAGAGAGCUGUGGAUGGAGCAGCAGAGAGCCCUGACAGUAGCCCAGCGAGAGGAAAAGAAAAAGUCACAGAAAGGCAAAGUGUGUGAAACUCGGACCACAUUCCUGCGAAAGCACCCACCACGUGCAAAGGAGGAGUCCUUCUGGCACCUGCCCCGCUUUGAGAAGGUUGGGCCUCAUCUCAGUACUUUUCCAGCCUGUGACGCUCGUAAGGCGCCGUUCAGUGCCUCCCAUUGA